CAAACGAGGGCGGGCAUACUUGGAAGUUUAUGGUGGUCGCCUGACCGGAUGGAAAAAGUUUGUGGAGUGAUGAAGAGAUCGUCGUCAAGAGUUUAACUCGAGUUUGAAACAGCGGAUUUAAAGUAAACAUGGGGAACCGUGGGAUGGAAGAGCUGAUUCCCCUCAUCAACAAACUGCAGGACGCCUUCAGCUCCAUCGGGCAGAGCUGCAACUUAGAGCUGCCGCAGAUCGCGGUGGUGGGGGGCCAGAGCGCGGGGAAGAGUUCGGUGCUGGAGAACUUUGUGGGCAGGGAUUUUUUGCCCAGAGGAUCUGGCAUUGUUACUCGCAGACCACUUAUUCUCCAGCUAGUAAACAGCAAAGCAGAAUAUGCUGAGUUCUUGCACUGUAAAGGCCGUAAGUUUGUGGACUUCGAUGAAGUUCGGUUGGAGAUCGAAGCAGAGACGGACCGAAUCACAGGAUCCAAUAAAGGAAUUUCACCCAUACCCAUCAACCUGCGUGUUUAUUCGCCAAACGUUUUAAAUCUUACACUGAUUGAUCUUCCUGGCAUGACUAAGAUUGCAGUUGGAGAUCAACCGGUAGACAUAGAGUACCAGAUCAGAGAGAUGUUACUGCUGUUUAUUUCAAAGGAGAACUGCCUUAUUCUGGCUGUUACGCCUGCCAACACUGACCUAGCCAAUUCAGAUGCCUUAAAAAUUGCCAAAGAGGUCGAUCCUCAGGGACUUCGUACCAUCGGUGUAAUUACCAAACUGGACCUCAUGGAUGAAGGAACAGAUGCCAAAGACAUCCUAGAAAACAAACUGCUGCCUCUGCGCAGAGGUUAUAUUGGUGUAGUAAACCGCAGUCAGAAGGACAUUGAUGGGAGAAAGGACAUCCGUGCUGCUCUGGCAGCCGAGAGGAAAUUCUUCCUUUCUCAUCCUGCAUACAGACACAUAGCAGAAAGAAUGGGCACACCUUACCUGCAGAAAACACUUAACCAGCAACUGACGAAUCACAUUCGUGACACUCUGCCGGCGCUGCGCAGUAAACUACAGAGUCAGCUGCUGUCUUUGGAGAAAGAAGUGGAUGAAUACAAGAACUUCAAGCCUGAUGAUCCAGCACGCAAAACUAAAGCAUUAUUGCAGAUGGUUCAACAGUUUGGUGUGGACUUUGAGAAGCGAAUCGAGGGUUCUGGUGAUCAGGUGGAAACUCUAGAACUCUCAGGAGGAGCUCGAAUCAACCGCAUCUUUCAUGAACGCUUUCCUUUUGAGCUUGUCAAGAUGGAGUUUGAUGAGAAGGAAUUGAGAAGAGAAAUCAGUUAUGCAAUAAAGAAUAUUCAUGGUGUCAGGACGGGUCUGUUCACCCCUGAUCUGGCGUUUGAGGCUAUAGUGAAACAGCAGCUUGGAAAGUUGAAGGAACCGUGUCUUAAAUGUGUAGACCUGGUGUUGUCUGAGCUCUCCAUGCUCAUUCGCAAGUGCACAGAGAAGUUGAACUCUUAUCCUCUACUACGAGAAGAGACGGAGCGAAUCGUCACCACUUACAUCAGAGAGAGAGAGAGCAAAACCAAAGACCAGGUGAUGCUGCUGAUAGACAUUGAACUGUCAUACAUCAACACAAACCAUGAGGACUUUAUAGGCUUUGCUAACGCUCAGCAGAGAAGCACAGCGGUCACUAAAAAGAGAGCAAUGCCUAACCAGGUCAUCAGAAGGGGUUGGUUGACCAUCAACAUAAGCAUAAUGAAAGGUGGAUCUAAAGACUACUGGUUCAUUCUGACUGCAGAGUCCUUGUCCUGGUACAAAGAUGAGGAGGAGAAAGAGAAGAAGUUUAUGCUUCCUCUCGAUAACCUGAAGAUCAGAGAUGUGGAGAAAGGGUUCAUGUCCACCAAACACACCUUUGCCAUCUUCAACACCGAGCAGAGGAACGUGUAUAAAGAUCUCCGUCAGAUUGAGUUGGCCUGUGAUUCUCAGGAGGACGUGGACAGCUGGAAAGCCUCUUUUCUGCGAGCUGGAGUCUAUCCUGAAAAAGACCAGGUGGAGAACGAGAACAGCGGUCCGAACGACUCCAUAUCCAUGGACCCUCAGCUGGAGAGGCAAGUGGAGACCAUCCGCAACCUGGUGGAUUCCUACAUCAGCAUCGUCAACAAGAGCAUCAGAGACCUCAUGCCCAAAACCAUCAUGCACCUCAUGAUCAACAGCGCGAAGGAGUUCAUCUACUCGGAGCUGCUGGCGUAUCUGUAUUCGUCUGGAGAUCAGAACAGUCUGAUGGAGGAGUCAGCAGAACAGGCUCAGCACAGAGAUGAGAUGUUGCGCAUGUAUCACGCACUUAAAGAAGGUCUAAGCAUCAUCGGUGACCUCAGCACCAGCACGGUGUCCGUACCUGUACCUCCACCUGUGGACGACACCUGGAUACAGAGCGAGCCCAGUCUUCCUGCUCAGCAUAAGCCGCCAGUAUCGGUUCCCCCUCCCGGUCGCCCUCCUGCAGUGCGAGGUCCCACCCCCGGUCCUCCUGCCCCGCCGCCUCUUAACCCCACCCCUGUGUUUGGGGUCCCACCCGUGCCAUCCAGACCCGGACCGCCUCCCGUAAACACUAAUACUUAUGGAAGUGGCACGCUGGAGCCGAUUGUUGCUCCUCAGGUGCCAUCUCGGCCCACUCGCGUGCCCCCUGCUCUGCCCCCUGGAAUACCCAGCAGAAGACCUCCAGCAGCUCCAAACAGACCCACUAUAAUCAGACCAUCAGAACCGUCUCUACUGGACUGAAGAGCUCAGAAUCUGACUGCCAGCGGUCCGGAUACUGAAACCAAAGAGCAAGACACCACACACACACACACAUUCCCUGUUAUCUUUACAUACACAUACAUACUACAGUGGCUAUGUUUACGUGCACAAAAUUUGGUCAAUCUGACUAAAUUUAAUCCGAUUGCAGGUUACAAGAAUACAAUGUACAUGUACCCUAAACAUCGCAAUACAGUUUAAAUAUUGCGAUCUGAUUUAAAUGUUUGUUUACAUGCACAUUCUAUAUAAUCUGAACCAAACGUCUGCACAAGCACAUAGCCAGGGUUGCCAGAUUCACGUAAAACUAGCCCAAAAUCACCCUAAUGACUAUGCACAGCCCAAAUACCAAUAACUAAUGAACAAAAUCUUUUCAUCUUUAACCAAGAGAAAAAAUGUAUUCGUUGAAACCGUUUAAAAGUAGCACAAAUCUUAAGUUCGCAAAAUUGCAGAGGACUUUGCAACGCAGCGCACAGCAUCUUUCGUCGAGUUUACGCUUUAUCGUAAAUAAAUGUACAAAGUCAAAGCUUAGUUGGAGAAAGUUGUUCUUAAGAAGUUUUCAGAUAUAGGCAAUGAAAACACUUUUCGAAAGGCAUGACACUAUUUUAUUGCUUCAUGUAAUGUUAUGAAAGACAUGAAUGCUGCAGAAUGUACAGCGCGUGACCCCAUUACCUUAAUAAUGUGUGUUGCCAUUGGCCUGCUAUUGCAUGUUUCUGUGAUGAGAAUUAUGUAAUAUAAGAUGUAAACUUAAGCACAUGUGCACAAGGUAUUUUUUCAUCCUAUUGAGAAAAUACUAUGCGUUUACAUGUGUAUUUUUCCUCCUGGUGAUCGGAUCACAGAUCAAACAAUGCCACCCCUUUCAAUAUGAUCAAAAUUUGCAUCCAAUAGACCGCAAUCGUAUUGAUUAAGGUGUUUACAUGUAGACUUAUCAAUACAAUUGGGCCAUCAAUACGAUUACAAACAGAUUAUUUGUUGCAUGUAAAUAUAGCUAGUGUUAGCAAACAAUACUUCAUCAUACUCAUUGUUUAACACAGAGUAGCUAGAAUAAUAGAUAUUUGUAAUGUAACCGGUCUUGAAAAGCACAUUCAUCACUUUAUGUGGGUCCAUUUAUUUCAUAUUCAGCCUUGACUGAUGACUGUCAUUAACAAAAAAACUUGACUGAAGAUUAAUGAUGAACCAGGAUCUUUUAUCCUGUACUCUGACACUCCAUUUCUUAUUCUUAUUCUUUUCACAUUUACGUUGACAACAGACACUAUUUUAACAUAAUUUAGUUGAUAGUACGCUAUGUGUUAUUAUAAUGCUAAUGUGCAUCGCAUGUAUCAUGCUGUAUAAAUAUGGUAAACAUACAGUAUCAUAGUAUUACAGUAUGAUACUAACUACACAGAAAGAUUAGCGUUCAGAGGACUUCAAAACAUCUCAAACACUCACAUCCAGAGUUUAAACCUCGGACACUGACGCUACUUUAUAAACAAGUUCAACCUUUUGCCUUAAAAUACUACAGUUAUAUAUGUAUUUGUUGUUUGUGUACCCUGCAGAAAUUCUUUUUUAAUGAGAAUUUUUUUCCUUGUUUGCCAGUUAAAAUAAAACUUGUACGCGUUUAGAGAA